GGACAAGAGAUGGAAAUAAAUCUUUCUUUCAUGCCAGCACUUAAAAAUGCAUGCACCAUUCAUGUCACUUUUAAGCCUCCAGAUUCACAAAUGAUAGACAGCCCUCAUCCCCAGAUUUAAAGUGGGUUUCUUUGCUUCUCUGAUCCAGAGUCUUCUAUAAGAGUAAGUAAUUGCCAAAGCCCUGGAGUAGAUAACAUAUCCAAGAGGAACUUCAGCUGUACCAUUUGAAAAUACACAGUGGAAAAUAAAUGAAAAUAGCUAAGAGGCUGUCUCAGUAUUUGAGCCAGAAAUGUUAGUCGAAAAAAUCCAUUCUCUUAUAUGUUCGUUGCCUAUUCUGCUGAUUCAGUCUAUCGCAUUUUUGACAGGAGACAGCUUCAAAUAAUAUAGAAUCUCUAUGAAGUGCUACCUGUGUGUUUCGAUGUUGCUUAAAUUAACUGAAAACACGCAUUCAGUAGUGAUGUAGCAUUUAUCAAUAUACAGCAUUAACCUCUGCUUCUUAAUACAAGGUUCUACCUAACUGGCCCUUUUUGAGCCCUCAGUUGGCCAAACAGCUUCCACUGGUAGUUCUCUAGAACUAAGGAGCUUGCGGAACAAGUUAAAGUAAUGCCAGACACAAAUUGCUUUCACUGAAAGAGUCUGUAUGAUCGUUUUCUGAAAAGAAGGCGGCAUAAAGUACCUGGAACAUAUUCAAGGAAGAAGGAUUCUCCUCAAAAAUCACACAAUAUAAGCACUUGUAUAGCUUUGGCUAAUAUCCUAAACUAAAGCUAUUUAAAAGGUUUUCUUUCUGAGUGGCAUGAAAAAUGAAGAGUAAUAUGGUUAAAAUGGAUCUCCAGAUAAUCAGUACCCUUACAGAAGUUAUAUGGAAGGUGAGUGUUUCAUUCUGUUUAAAUCAAGUCAUCCUGCUGUCAUUAGAAAUCUCGGAGGUUCAGCCUUGUGGAAGGAUUUAAAGGCAACACUUCAACAAUAAUCAGAUUAGAAGGACUUGCAUAGCUACAUGGUCUAAAAAAGGGCUAAAAGAAACCAGAGUUCAAACUCGCCACAAAGAAAGACAGUGAGCUGUGUGGUGCAGAAUCAACACACUGUUCUGAGACUUUGAUUUUGACAAUUACCUAAAGUAGGGAUGCCUGCAGAUUUCAAUGGUUACUGGAAAAUGGUCAGCAAUGACAACUUUGAGGAGUAUCUGAAAGCACUGGAUGUAAAUGUUGCUGUAAGAAAAAUAGCAAACUUGCUAAAACCUGACAAAGAAAUCCUUCAGAAUGGGGAUCAUAUGAUCAUUAAAACGCUAAGCACUUUUAGAAAUUACAUCAUGGAAUUUGAUGUAGGAAAGGAGUUUGAGGAGGAUUUAGCUGGGGUGGAUGAUCGCAAAUGCAUGACCACCGUAUCUUGGGAUGGAGAUAAGCUUCUUUGUGUGCAGAAUGGAGAAAAAGAAGGUCGUGGUUGGACCCAGUGGAUUGAAGGAGAUGAAAUGCAUCUGGAAAUAAGAGUGUGUGGAGUCAAGUGCAAGCAGGUCUUUAAGAAGGUACAGUGAGCCUACUGCUGAUACAGAAGUGAAGAAGAGCAGAAUUUACAGACUUUUACCACCAAAUCUCCAAAUGCUAAUAGUGAACAUCAUCAGUGAUGAGAGCAAACACAGAAAUGAAGAUCACAUUAGAACUGUACAGUUAUAAUAAAAUAUUUUUAACAUAUCAUUUUAAAGAAGUAACUGCAAAUGAAACUAUUUUUAGAAAUGCCAAUUAAAGAUACUAAACACUAUAAA